AUGCUGAUGCUGCUAUAUUCUGGUGAGGGACUCGGAUACUUCAUGCUGCUGUCUAUGGACUGCAAUAGUGUGGUCAAGCCCCAGCACAAUGGAAGUGGCACGCUGUUCGUUCGGUGGACGGUCUAUCAUUCGGACACUCUGCGUACAGACAAAGCACUAUCCCGGCGGUUGAGUAACCUCGCGUCCGAGCGAAGUGGACGUCCGAGGCAACCAGGAGGUACUGCGUUUGCCGAGCGAAGGAGGUUACAGCAGUGUCCGUUCCGUACGCUAUGCGUCUGGGAAGCCGAAGGACGGCAGUCAGAAGGCUUUGAUUUCGUUGGCGGGAUUUCGCAUCUGACCCCUAGCUGUAGCUACAACGCGCUCAACUACGAGAUACGUCGUCGACAUGCCCUAGCACCUGAAAGGCUGGACAGGAUGCCGAACGGCGAGUGGCAAACGAGACCCCGCGACAUGGAGCGAGCGUCUCCGCUUGGUGUGGAAGAUUCCUGCAAAUUUCACCGGGGCGAGCAGACGCUUCGAAAAGCUUGGAGUUUCCACGACGAUGGAGUCAAUGUGUGCCGGUGUACGAGAUAUGAACGAAUACGCGCGGCGAGAGCAGGUCGAGGUCAGUCGGAAGCAAGUGAGACGAAAGCACGAAGCGGGGAACAGCACUACACUGCUGUCGUCGAGCUCCCCUCCUUCCGAAGCGAAUUGGUUAACAUGGCGUCGACACGAAUAACGCGAGCGGCAUCCAAUUUGCGUACAUUGCCGUCGCGUCGCGACACGGCGCGGCGUUUCCCCGAUCGCAAGUUUUCAGCGCGAGAAGCCGCGCGCGCAGGUGCAGCAGUGACUGCAGUAUGCCGUGACAGAAGUGUGUCCGCGCUGACCGUACUACCGGUUAUGCCGUCCUACGCUCUUCGUGAGCACUCCGUCGUGUCCAGCGCAGUAGGUCGUGGCUUGCCUAGCCCGCAGCGCACGUCGAACACGGCUUUGUGCGCGUGUCUCGCCUGGAUGACUACUACAGGAAAUGAAUCAGUUUAUAAAGGCGAUUGUCUACUACAACGAGCGGCGCCUUUAGCAGACACACAGGCUGCUAACGCUACCUACCCGACUGCUCUAGCACACGACGCAGUGAGACUGUUAGCCUGGUCUCAAAGGCGGUGUUUUGCUGGGACUGCCGUUCACGGUCCCGUCAUGACGGCUAUAACUACAUACAGUCUAGUGUGUAAUCCGGAGGUAACGCUUGAGGCUGCGCGUCUGUCGGCAGGGAGAGAACGCAGUCCCGUGCGGAGCCUGAAAGUGAUGGGGGACACUGCUCCGGGGCAGGUCGCGGUUUUCGAGCAUUCGCGCGGGAGUGGGGGAGGAGCCGGCUGGGUGGUUGCGGGGUGCUCAAAGUCGUGCCGGAAGGCAGAGAAGGAGAGCGGGCGAUGGACUGGGCGAGCGAACGCGGAGCCGGUUCCCGUUCAUGACAGGACAAGCCAUCCGAGAGCGGGCGACGGGACAAGCGGGAGGGCGGCGGGAGGAAACAAAGUCGUUCUAGUCAGGCAGGGCUUGUUGUAG